CCGGGGCUCCAAAAAGGAGGCCUCCACCGCGGGGGUGGCGCGGUCGACUUCAGCAGCAUGAGUGCGGUGGCGCUCCUCUUGCGCAGGGCGGCGGCGGCGCGUGCCUGCCGGGCCCUGGUGGCCUUCGCAGCGAGCCGGCGCCUGCUGCGCACUAGUCCGCCGAGCGGGGCUUUCGCCAAGGAGCUCUUCCUGGGCAAAAUCGAGAAGAAAGAAGUUUUCCCAUUUCCAGAAGUUAGCCAAGAUGAACUUAAUGAAAUCAAUCAGUUUGUGGGACCUGUAGAAAAAUUCUUCACUGAAGAGGUGGACUCUCAAAGAAUUGACCGGGAGGAAAAAAUCCCAGAUGAAACGUUAGAGAAACUGAAGAGCCUGGGUCUUUUUGGGAUGCAAGUCCCAGAAGAAUAUGGUGGCCUGGGCCUCUCCAACACAUUGUAUGCGCGUAUGGGAGAAAUCGUCGGCCUGGAUGGGUCGAUCGCUGUGACCCUAGCAGCACACCAGGCUAUUGGCCUCAAGGGGAUCAUCCUGGCCGGCAACAAGGAACAAAAAGCCAAAUACCUGCCCAGGCUGGCAUCUGGAGAGCACAUCGCCGCCUUCUGUCUGACGGAGCCUUCCAGUGGGAGUGACGCGGCCUCCAUCAAGACCAGGGCCACGCUAAGCGAGGACAAGAAGUACUACAUCCUCAAUGGCUCCAAGGUCUGGAUCACCAAUGGCGGACUGGCCAAUAUUUUUACCGUGUUUGCAAAGACGCAGGUUGUUGAUUCUGAAAGCUCAGUAAAAGACAAAAUCACAGCAUUCAUAGUAGAGAGAGACUUUGGUGGAGUCACUAACGGGAAACCUGAGGAUAAGUUAGGCAUACGUGGCUCCAACACUUGUGAGGUCCAUUUUGAAAACACCAGGGUGCCGGUCGAGAAUGUCCUUGGAGAAGUCGGAGGCGGGUUUAAGGUGGCCAUGAACAUCCUCAACAGUGGGCGGUUCAGCAUGGGCAGCGUUGUGGCUGGGAUGCUCAAGAAACUGAUCGAAAUGACUGCCGAAUAUGCCUGCACAAGGAAACAGUUCAACAAGAACCUCAGCGAAUUUGGAUUAAUUCAGGAAAAGUUUGCCCUGAUGGCUCAGAAGGCUUAUGUAAUGGAAAGUAUGGCCUACCUCACCGCAGGGAUGCUGGACCGACCAGGGUUUCCUGAUUGCUCCAUCGAGGCUGCCAUGGUGAAGGUGUUCAGCUCAGAGUGUGCCUGGCAGUGUGUGAGCGAAGCGCUGCAGAUCCUCGGGGGCUCAGGCUACAUGAGGGACUACCCGUACGAGCGCAUGCUGCGUGACACCCGCAUCCUGCUCAUCUUCGAGGGAACCAACGAGAUUCUCCGGAUGUACAUUGCCCUGACAGGCCUGCAGCACGCCGGUCGCAUCCUGACCGCAAGGAUCAAUGAGCUUAAACGGGGCAAUGUGAGCACUGUCAUUGAGACCAUCAGCCAGAAGCUUCGAGACUCCGUGGGCCGAACCGUGAACAUGGGACUGACAGGGAAGCUGGGAGCUGUGCACCCCAGUGUCGCGGACAGCGCCAGCAAGCUCGAGGAGAACGUGUAUUACUUUGGCCGCACAGUGGAGACAUUACUGCUCCGCUUUGGCAAGACCAUCGUGGAGGAGCAGAUGAUCCUGAAGCGGGUGGCCAACAUCCUCAUCAACCUGUACGGCAUGACGGCGGUGCUGUCGCGGGCCAGCCGCUCCAUCCGAGUGGGGCUCCCCAACCACGACCAUGAGGUUCUCCUAGCCAACAUAUUCUGUGCCGAAGCUUAUUACCAGAAUCUCUUCACCCUGUCCCAGCUGGACAAGUAUUCUCCAGAAAAUCUAGAUGAACAGAUUAAGAAAGUGUCCGAGCAAGUCCUAGAGAAGCGAGCUUACAUCUGUGCCCACCCCCUAGAAAGGACGUCCUGAAGCAAGAGGACAGUGUUCCUUGCUGCCCCCAAGCCAUGGCCCAUCGCUGGACAACUCUUUCUCCAGAAGGUGGAGGACUUGGGGUUUUUUACAAGUGGAACUGUUUCUUCCCAGUCUAUACCAAAAGGGCCUUCUGGCCUCAAGGCACCUCUUUAGGCUUUGCCCUGCAGGCCCUGCUGCUUGACCUGAUCCCAGGUGCUGAAGAAACGGAGAGAAGGCAGUUGGUGACGCCUGGGAUUUGAGGGGUUUCUGCUAGUUUAGUGGGAGACAUUGCUGCCUGUGGCACGAGGCUGGUGGGGACCUGUUUUGGGCUUGGGGAGCUGCUUCUGCCGGACCACACAUUCUUCUGGUGGGCUGUGCAUUCUCCAAAAAACCACCUGCCAACUGUGUACGUGGAGGAUAUACACUUAAAACAUAUACUGGGAACUAACGAAAACCAGAAAACAUCGUUUGUGUUUCAGCCUUUGCCGCACUGGUCACGUUUUUCCUCAGAGCCCUGGGAUCCCCCCUCUGGUGAUGGCCUCCAGUUCCCUUUGUGUUCAUCCGGCAGGAAGAGGGAGGCCCUGAAUGCUGAGGGGCAGGUGCCCAGGCCACAGUGCUCCAGGGAGUACCAAGUCCCUGUCUCUGGGCUUUCUCGGGUGAUGGGUGAAAACCAUAUGGUCCAUAUGCUGUUUCUUGCCUGGGGCCUGUUUCCUGUCUCUAUAGAAGUUGGCCUUCACUCUUGAAGGGGGGACAAAAAGGAAUCUUGAGGUGACACUAAUAGACCUUUGCAUUUCUCUAGA